AUGAGAGUUACCCUAGGCGCCAUACUGCCCAAGACAUCACUGAUCACUAAACGAAGACAAUACCACAAGCGCCUUACCGACUCGGUGGAAUCGCUGAUUCGAAGUCGAAAGAACUUCAAGUUCAACUUUACAAACUACUACUUCAUUCAAGCUGCUCAAGUGGUCAACUUUCCGUUGGAUCCGCAACCUACGGCCAUUCUCGAUGGCAUAUGUAAGCAAAUGCUCGUACAGAACGUGUCCACCAUUCUCUACAUGACCAACUCUGACAUUUGGGGCGGCAACGCCGCAUCUGCUCAGUACCUCCUUCAGCUGACCAACUUCCUGGGCAUUCCAGUGAUUGCCUGGAACGCUGACAACAUUGGCUUGGAUCAGCACCAAAAUGCCAACUCUCGUAUUCUCCAGUUGGCGCCAUCGAUGGAGCACCAGGCGAGUGCCAUGUUGAGCAUUCUGCGGCGUUACUCCUGGCACACCUUCUCAAUAGUGACUAGUCGAAUCGGCGGAUACGACCACUUCAUUCGAGCUCUACGCGAUCAAUCUCUCAAUAUUAACGACUUUAAAUUUGAUAUUAUCGACAUUCUGUCGAUUGAGAAGACAUCAAACCGAAACGAUCUACUAGAGAUCAUGAAACCCUUAUCACAAAGCGAAGCUCGAGUUUUUUUGGUGUACUCGAACAAGCUGGAAGCUCAAGCCAUCUUCUCGGCCGCCUCAAUGCUGGGCAUGACCAGCAAGAAUCACAUGUGGAUCGUCACUCAAAGUGUCCUUGGCAAAGGAGCCGGCGCUGCACCGGGCGAAUUUCCCUCUGGCAUGCUCGGCGUUCAUUUCAACACCACCGACGAGAAAAUGCUCGACGAGCUCGAACGUGGUGUGACAGUCUUUGGGCAUGCUCUUGAGCUUCNCGGCAUGCUCGGCGUUCAUUUCAACACCACCGACGAGAAGAUGCUCGACGAGCUCGAACGUGGUGUGACAGUCUUUGGGCAUGCUCUUGAGCUUCUAGUGAACAACGGCACUAUAAUGAACCUGAACAGCAGUCUCAACUGCAAUGCAACGAAUGAUCGCAAGUGGGAGAUUGGCGGACGCCUCUUUAGUCAACUGCGUAAUGUCAGCAUCAAGAGCAAGUACGGUCGACCAAGCAUGGAGUUCAAUCUCGACGGCACUCUCAAGUUUGUCGAACUGGACAUUGUCAAUCUGAACAACAAUGCUUACUGGGAAAAAAUUGGCACCUGGAAUCAGGACGGUAUUGACAUUAAGGACAUCACCUGGCCGGGCAACUCACCGGUUCCACCGCUGGGACUACCGGAAAAGUUCAACCUUCGAGCUAUCUUUCUCGAGGAAGCUCCUUUUGUGAAUUACGUUCCGCCGGACAAUGAGACGGGCGAGUGCAAGAUGAGUCGAUCAGUGCCCUGUCGCGGCUUUGGCGACAACAACACCUCUCGAGGUUGCUGCGCGGGCUUUUGCAUUGACCUCUUUCAGAAGUUUGCCCACGACCUCAAGUUUACCUACGAUUUGAGUCGCGUGGAGGAUGGCGCGUGGGGAAUUCUCAAUAACAACUCCUGGAACGGCCUCAUUGGCGAGAUUAUAAGCCACAAGGCGGACAUUGUGGUGACGUCCAUCAAAAUCAACUCUGACCGACAAGAGUACGUCGACUUUACGGUGCCCUUUCUGGAGACGGGCAUUGGCAUUGCCGUGGCGAAGCGCACUGGAAUCAUUUCACCUAAAGCCUUUCUCG